UGGUUGGUGCCAUGGGAGUGACACUGACAAGAGCAGCGCAGUGGACCUCUGCUGGUUCUGGACCUGGCACACUGGAAAUCACCCCUUUGAAUGAAUCUCUCCUAAAUGAAAUUAUUAAAUUUACGGAGGGCUUCCACUAUAGACAUCCUCAAGAAGCAGCAUUUGUCUUCAGAGAGCCACUUGAAUGGAAAACACGCUUGGAUUAUUCAGUAUUUGAGUCAGGUUAUGAAAUCAGUGGAACAACUGUUCAGUCUGAAGACAAAGACAAGGAUGGUCAACCACUGCUUCUCCUCACUGCAUCAACCAUUAGAGUCUGCAGCUUUGGCGAGCUGUCUCGUUUGCUAUCUGUAGCUACAGAAAAAAAAUUAAAGGAAGCUCAAGCAUGCCUUGAAGCCAAUAGAGAUCCUAUAGUGAAAAUUCUUGGUCCUGGAUAUGGAACUGUUGAGGGAGAAGAUAUGUCCAUGCUGCGCUUGCUGGAAAAAGUGAAGAAAGAUGAUGAUCCUGAAACAGAGAUUAAAAUGAAAAUCUCUCUUCUUCUUCAACAGCUGGAUAUGCAAUUGCUUAACAGUUCUUUAAAACAUAUUUCACGAGAGGUGAGAUUAACUCCAACUUCUGUAAAAAAUGAGGUGGAUCUACUCAAGCAUUUCUCUGGGAAAGGAGAAGAUACAGUACUGGAAUCUCUUGAAUAUACAUCAGAUUAUGAAUUUUCCAAUGGGUGCCGAGCCCCACCUUGGAGACAAGUACAUGGAGAAAUUUGUUAUUUGAUUGUUAAACCACAUGACACCAAUCCUUUGUUCAUCACUUGCAGCACAGCAGGCGUGUUUCUAAAUGGGGGUAGGGAAAAGGAGAAAGAUGAUAUCGAAUAUGAGAGAAAAAGUGACAUAUAUAAAGACCUUGUCACAUUUUUAAGGGAAAGAUCACCUAAAUUUCUGGAAAAUAUGGCUAAACAGGAAUAUACUUUUUUUGAAGAACCAGUGCAUGAAAAACAGCAGCAUCUGGAAAUAGUUGAUACUGAGGACUCUGGCCAAUCCCAGAAGUUUUAUGAUUGUUCAGAAAAGAAUGUGUUUGAGAAAAUGAAGAGUCCUCCUGUAAAAGGCAAGCCCAUCGACAAGAAAUUAGAACCAUCUCUGAAGUGGAAGGACACUGGUCUUGCUGGUUCCCAGGAUGCUGCAAAAAAAGACAUCAAAGAAGAAAAGGAAGUUAGACCUAUUAGUCACGAACUGAAGAAGAAAGCGAGUAUAAUUUCCUCUGGAUCUGUUAAAGCACAAUCAGCCGCAAAACGUAAAGUGUCAGAAAAGUCUGAAGAAGCUAGUGAAAGUUCUUCAGAGAGUGAGGAAGAUGAAGAACAGCCUGAACGUCACCAGGAAGGAAAUACUGAUUUGCCAUCUGAAUAUUGGCAAAUUCAGAAACUUGUAAAAUAUUUGAAGGGAGGCAAUCAGACAGCUACAGUAAUUGCCUUGUGUUCAAUGAGAGAUUUCAACUUGGCUCAAGAAACCUGUCAACUGGCCAUCAGAGAUGUUGGAGGUCUUGAAGUCUUAAUAAAUUUACUUGAUACAGAAGAUGUUAAAUGUAAGAUUGGUUCAUUGAAAAUCCUGAAGGAAAUUAGUCAGAACUCACAGAUCAGACGUACAAUUGCUGAUCUUGGGGGCUUACAAAUUAUGGUGAAGAUUCUGGACUCUCCAGAUAAGGAUCUGAAAUGCUUGGCAGCUGAAACAAUUGCCAACGUUGCCAAGUUUAAACGAGCACGAAGGACAGUAAGACAGCAUGGAGGAAUCACAAGACUGGUUGGGCUGCUGGACUGUGUGUCAAUGGGAUUAGCUAAUCCAACACCAUCUCAGGCAAAAGAUAUUGAAAUAGCCCGCUGUGGGGCUUUGGCACUUUGGAGCUGCAGCAAAAGCACCAAAAAUAAAGAAGCAAUCCGUAAGGCUGGAGGUAUUCCAUUAUUAGCUCAGCUGCUGAAGUCUCCACAUGUAAGCAUGUUAACACCAGUGGUGGGGACAUUACAAGAGUGUGCAUCAGAGCCAAGCUACAGACUUGCAAUAAAGACAGAGAGGAUGAUUGAGAACCUUGUGAAGAACCUGAGUAGUGAAAAUCAGGAGCUUCAGAUGCACUGUGCUAGUGCUAUCUUUAAGUGUGCAGAAGAUGAAGAAACACGUGACCUAGUAAGGCAGCAUGGAGGCCUACAACCACUGGCUACUCUGCUUAGUAAUUCUGAAAAUAAAGAACUGUUAGCAGCAGUGACAGGAGCAAUCUGGAAAUGUGCUAUCAGCAGAGAAAAUGUAACAAAAUUUCGGGAAUACAAAGUCAUAGAAACUUUGGUAGGACUGCUAACUGAUCAGCCUGAAGAAGUACUUGUGAAUGUUGUUGGAGCACUAGGGGAAUGUUGCCAAGAGCCAAUAAAUCGAGCUAUUAUCCGUAAAUGUGCUGGCAUACCACCUCUGGUUAAUUUACUUACUGGAACCAAUCAGGCACUUCUAGUGAAUGUCACCAAAGCAGUGGGAUCUUGUGCAGCUGAACCUGAAAAUAUGAUGAUAAUUGACCGUUUAGAUGGAGUCCGUUUGUUAUGGUCCUUGUUGAAAAAUCCUCAUCCAGAUGUUCAAGCAAGUGCAGCCUGGGCUAUUUGUCCUUGCAUUGAAAAUGCUAAGGAUGCUGGGGAAAUGGUUCGGUCCUUUGUUGGUGGCUUGGAACUGAUAGUCAAUUUAUUAAAAUCAGAGCAUAAAGAAGUUUUAGCAAGCGUGUGUGCUGCUAUUACCAACAUAGCCAAAGAUGAAGAGAAUUUAGCUGUUAUAACAGAUCAUGGUGUCGUCCCUCUGUUGUCCAGAUUAGCAAACACGAACAAUGACAAGUUAAGGCGUCAUUUAGCAGAGGCUGUUUCUCGCUGUUGUAUGUGGGGAAGCAACAGAAUUGCCUUUGGAGAGACCAAAGCUGUGGCCCCUUUAGUACAUUACUUGAAAUCAGAUGACACAGCAGUUCAUCGAGCUACUGCUCAGGCCUUGUACCAACUUUCAGAGGACCCCAAUAACUGCAUCACAAUGCAUGAAAAUGGAGUGGUGAAGCUCCUACUAGGUAUGGUGGGCUCUACAGAUGAAAUCCUACAGGAAGCUGCAGCUGGUUGCAUAGCCAACAUCCGCAGAUUGGCUUUGGCAACUGAAAAAGCAAAAUAUGGUUAAAGUCUCAACAGCUUUUUCCAACUCCCAUGCUUUACACUACACUACAUUUCAAUAUGUGACUCUCUGGACAAGUAUCUAACAUUCAAGUUUGAGAAACAUUUAAUUUAGGAUAUUUUUAAAGAAAUCUACAUUUAAUUAAAAUACCUAUUCAAAUAGGGUGCUUUUUUACCUUGAUAUUGUAUUCAUUGCACUGUAUACUUUUCAGAGUCUUCAGUCAUGUAUCACUUUAAAAGUACCAUCUAAAAUGCAUGAAAAUUAUUAUUCAUGGUUAAUAAUAUAACUCAAAUUUCAUUUAAGACAAAUAUGUUUUCUGUGUUUGAUAGAAUUAUAAUAAAUG